GUUGGCUCUCUUCGGUUUGAAAGACUUUCAUCUGGAUAUAUCAUUUAGAAUUAAAUUUUUCAGAGUUUCCUCCAAGCUUAAAUUUCAAACUUAAGGUUAUAUUUUUUGGUAAAUUAAAUGCUAACAACAACGUAAUAGAAACUGAAAGGUUUUCAAGGACAUAUUUAUUGGCAAAAAAUAGUGUUCAACAGAAUAAUCUAAAUUUCUGAGAUAAUAUAUUUACAAACCCGAAUUUAUAUUAUGAAGAGGAUACAAUUCGAAUUAACUUUUUUAUUAUAGACGGCUAAUAUAGCCUAAUGAACGAGAAAAUAAGUUGAGCGUUAUGGUAAAUUGUAGCAUAAGGUAUUUUUUUACAAAUUGUCGUCGAGAUUGACCUGAGUUCUAAAAAGAAACAAGCGAUUAAUAAUUAAUAAAAAUUAUGCAUUUUUUAUCAAGACAAAAUUUCGAUGUUAACGUUUACAAAUAUGUGAUUCCACAACUGUGUUAGAUAUUAAAAACACCAUUUGUGUUGAUUUCUAUCUCGUGUUGUUUUUGUGCUACAUCCUACACCGAAGCUGUUCUAUAACCUUAGCCGUGGUUAACAGUGAAUUGUAAUUGUGAUUAAGUGACCUCAAAGCUUAAAACCGCACAGAAUAAUGUUUAAUGUUUUUCGUCAGAAAAGAUUUCACUAUACCUUAUUUUACCAUGCUGUCAGAAAGAAACCAACUGUUGUUACGUCAACCAUCAGUAAUAUUUUAAGAAAUAACGAAUUUCCGGCAAAUGGAACCUUAUCAUCGUUUUCAAGUUAUUCAGUGCUUUCUUUACCUAAAGGUUCGGUUUCAUUAGAAAGGACAGAAAUAAUUAAUGCUAGGCAAUUCAGCACCCAGAAACCUGGAGGUACUUCAACAACACAAGGAGGUGAUAAAAAUGAACCUCCUGAUGAACCUCAAACAUCUUUGCCAGCCUCUGUGGUGGUUCCAGAGGUUUGGCCUCAAGUUCCACUUAUAGCGAUAAAUAGAAAUCCUGUUUUUCCAAGAUUUAUUAAAUUAGUUGAGGUAACGGAUCCUUCAUUAAUUGAACUGAUUAGAAGGAAAGUUAGAUUGAAUCAACCGUAUGCUGGAAUAUUUUUGAAAAAAAGUGAAGAGAAUGAAAAACAAGUUAUUGACAAUGUUGAUGAAGUCUAUCGUAUAGGAACUUUUGGUCAGAUCCAUGAAAUGCAAGAUUUAGGUGAUAAAUUAAGACUUGUAAUUAUGUCCCAUCGUAGGAUUCGUUUGCUUGGACCGUUGUUUGAUGUCGAAGAUCCUGGUCAAGUAGUCAAGUUGAUAUUCCCAAUGAUAAAACAAGGGAUCGAUAUCUAUGUUGAAGAGCAACCAGAAUCUAGGAGAACAAGAACUUCACGGAAAUUGAAAGAAAGGGGCAUUUCUGCUAAAGAUGAAAAGAUGUCCCAGUCGUCUUCAUCAACUGAAAUUAAAUCUAAAAAGGUGCUGAUGGUAGAAGUUGAAAAUGUUGUACAUGAGAAAUUUAAAAAUACUGAAGAAGUUAAGGCACUAACUCAGGAAAUAGUGAAAACAAUCAAAGACAUCAUUAGUUUAAACCCAUUAUAUCGUGAAACUUUGCAACAAAUGAUCCAUCAGGGACAACGCGUUGUCGAUAAUCCAGUCUAUCUGUCAGACCUCGGUGCUGCUCUGACUGGUGCAGAGGCUGCCGAACUGCAAGCUGUAAUGGAAGAAAUGGAUAUUCCCAAAAGAUUACUUUUAUCUCUGUCGUUGUUAAAAAAAGAACUUGAACUUAGUAAAUUACAACAAAAAAUAGGAAGAGAAGUUGAAGAGAAAGUUAAGCAACAGCAUAGGAAAUAUAUUCUUCAUGAACAACUAAAAAUAAUUAAGAAGGAACUUGGUUUGGAGAAAGAUGAUAAGGAUGCUAUAGAAGAAAAAUUUAGAGAUAGAAUUAAAGAAAAGAAAGUUCCAGACAGCGUUAAAGAAGUUCUUAAUGAAGAAUUGAAUAAAUUGGGAUUUUUAGAAAGCCACUCAUCUGAAUUUAAUGUCACUCGAAAUUACCUUGACUGGUUAACUUCGUUACCCUGGGGUGUUACGAGUCCUGAAAAUUUAAAUCUAUCUGAGGCACAGAAGAUUCUUGAUGAAGAUCAUUAUGGAAUGGAUGAUGUUAAAAAAAGAGUUCUUGAAUUUAUUGCUGUUAGUCAAUUGAAAGGAUCUACUCAAGGUAAAAUACUUUGUUUUUAUGGACCUCCUGGUGUUGGAAAAACAAGUAUUGCUAGAUCUAUUGCUCGAGCUCUAAACAGAGAGUAUUUUAGGUUCAGCGUUGGUGGAAUGACAGAUGUUGCAGAAAUUAAAGGGCAUCGAAGAACUUAUGUUGGUGCUAUGCCAGGAAAGGUUAUUCAAUGCCUUAAAAAAACAAAAACUGAGAACCCAUUGGUCCUUAUAGAUGAAGUUGACAAAAUUGGAAAGGGAUUUCAAGGAGACCCCGCAAGCGCCCUUUUGGAAAUGUUGGAUCCAGAACAAAACGUAAACUUUUUGGACCAUUAUUUGGAUGUUCCUGUUGAUUUAUCUAAAGUACUGUUUAUAUGCACAGCAAAUGUUGUUGAUACAAUCCCAGAGCCCUUGAGGGACAGAAUGGAGAUGAUCGAUGUUUCUGGGUAUGUAGCUGAAGAAAAGUUAGCUAUUGCUAAGCAAUAUUUACUCCCUCAAGCGAUGAAAGAAUCUGGCCUCACCACUGAACAAAUUAAUAUUGAUGAUAGCUCUAUUAAUACAUUGGUAAAAUCUUAUUGCCGGGAAAGUGGUGUGAGAAAUUUGCAGAAACACAUCGAAAAGGUUACUAGAAAGGUUGCUUACAAAGUGGUUAAGAAAGAAUCAGAACAGGUUUUGGUCAAUCCUGAUAAUUUGCACGAGUUUGUCGGUAAACCAAUGUUUACACAUGACCGCAUGUACGAAGAUACACCAGCUGGCGUUGUUAUGGGUCUCGCAUGGACUGCUCUAGGUGGCUCAACACUUUUCAUUGAAACUGCUUUGAGGAAGCUGCCAAAUGAAACACCCGAUAAGAUAGAAGGUACAUUAGAACUUACAGGUCAUUUAGGAGAAGUAAUGAAAGAAUCUGCGAGGAUAGCUUUGACUGUGGCUCGUAACUUUAUGAUAGAAAAAAAUCCUGAUAACAAAUUUCUCCUUAAGAAUCAUAUCCAUUUACAUGUUCCAGAGGGUUCUACACCAAAGGAUGGACCUAGUGCAGGUUGCACUAUUGUUACAGCUCUGCUUUCUCUCGCUCAAAAUAAACCAAUAAGGCAAAAUGUUGCUAUGACGGGAGAAAUAACUCUUAAUGCAAAAAUCAUACCUGUUGGUGGAAUCAAAGAAAAAACUAUUGCGGCUAAAAGGGUUGGAGUUAAAUGUAUUAUCCUUCCAGAAGAAAAUAAAAAAGAUUUCAAUGAUUUACCAAAAUACAUCACUGAAGGAUUGGAAGUCCAUUUCGUUAGCCACUAUAAACAAAUAUAUGAUAUAGUUUUCCCACCAUCAUAGCAGCGGAAGAAGAAAAAGAAAAAGAACUUCGGUGUAGAGAUAUUUCCAAAUGAGGAACUAAGUUCUGUUAGAAAAUAUCACCAAAGAGAUAUAAAACAGUGUUCUUUGGAAAUAAUGUAUAUUAAAAAAUGAAAUUGUUUGUAUUUAUUUUUAAUAUUUUUUAUUACUGUAAUUUCAUUUGGGUUUUUAAAUGUUACUUAUUAAUAAAUCUAAAUGUAAUAAGACAAGACUGAACUAACGAGACAGAUCCUUUUUUUUUUUUUAAUGUGAUAUGUAAAUA